AUGACCGACAGAAUAUUCCGCAUCUUUAACCCGGGAGAACCAAAGGGUGAUCCCGUUGAGAAGAGGCGCGCCCAGCUGCGACGUGCCCAACAAUCUUAUCGAGAUCGCAAGGACAAGUACACCAAGGCGCUCGAGGCUGAACUAGCACGGUCUCGGAAGAGUGAGGCGGGUUUGACGUCCCAGAUUGAGCAGCUUCGUGCCAAAGUCCAGAAACUGGCCAGUCUCUUGUCCCAAAAUGGCAUCUCACUUCCUCCAGAUUUUGACGAUGAGGGACAAGUUCAUGAUGAUGUACCGCGUAUAGAUUCGUCUCCGCUCACAACGCGUGGACAACCACAAGCCGCUGAAGGCUUCCUAUCAAGUACGGAUUCGACCUCUCCAGAGUCGACGACGGACCAAGGCGCUAUCUUUAAUACUGGAAAUCGCACUCUACGGCAGUACGGUUCGAGGAUCUUUAGCCGACAUCAUGAACCGCAAGUUCCAGCGUCGACGAGGAUCGCGGUCGGAAUGGAAUUUGUGCUCACACUAGAAAGGCCUUGUCUAAACCAUCUACAUGGAAACCCCAAAAAGCCCCUGGAACCACACGGCCAUGCCUUGACCACCACAGUUCAGCUCCAGGCCUCCUUGUCACUUCCUCCGAUCGAUCCAAAGAACCCUGUACCUCCGUCAUACCACAACGCUCCCGCAGCCGUACUCGAUCGUCUAUUGAAUCUUGCCCCAAGUGUAUCGCCAGACGGCGACGUGACGCCGAUACAAGCGUGGCAUUUUAUCCGUCGCCAACCGCAGUUUGGAGGUUUCGAGGUGCAGCGCCUCAACAGGCUGGCGGAGAGGCUACGGGAAGCAGCAAAAUGUCACGGGUUUGGUGCUGCUGUUCAGACGGGCAUCUUUGAAUCAGCUGUCCGAGAAAUACUCCACCCCUUGGCUAUAACAGCAGCCUGA